CGACUCGUCUUCAGUGACCGUCUUGAGCCCAUCUAUCUCAUCAACCUUUACAUCUUACAUCCUUCCUUCACAACUUGACUGAUAUAUCGACAUUCAUACAAUAUCUUAUGCUCUCGUUCCCAAGGAAAUCUGCAUGAUCAGCAGCGUGAUGGUCAUGUCAACAUGUCAGCCUUCCAUCACAUCGUCACUCGAGGUCAAUGCUGCAAUUGCGUCGUGUGCAAGACAAUAUUUGAAACUUGGAUAAGGUUUGAUACAGUCAUGACUGGCCGAUCUAGAUCUAGCGACAGUACCACAUCAGCAAUCAUGCUCGAGUUGAAGGACUCCAUCGAGAAAGCCUUCGUUGAGCUGCAUGGUUUUCAUCGACAGGACUACCAUCAAACCGAUGAAGAGUCUCCACUGCAUCGGCGAGUUGCUAUUCAGCCACCGUAUGAUGAGACCAAGGGAGACAACUCGGGUCGUCGACGAAGCAGAAGAGGCGAGUUCGAGGCCAUCGUUGAUGUGUCGGCCCGACCUCGAAUGCUGACCAGCUCAUCAGCUGACUCCUUUUCAGAGCCCCUCGACGCACACUCAAGCGCUUCGAUCGUGCAAAAGUCGCUUUCCUCGCUACGCGUGACGGAAGUAGCAAUAGAUCCGAAAGACUUCAACAUCAGCCAAUACCUAAAGAAGGUUGUAAAGCCUCGACUCAACUCACUCGACCUCCUUCGACAAGAGACAAAUGCAUUCGCUCCAACAUGGCCGCGAGGUAAUAGUGACGCAGGCACCACACCUGACAGCAAGGACAGUCCUGCUGUGACUCGUCAGCAAUUCAUUGUCUGCGAUCAUUGUCGUUCACACGGACUUAAAUGCAACGAGGCGCCGGUCUGCCAAGAGUGUAUCCUCCGCGAGAUCGCAUGUAUUCACCACUCCUGUCGACUUAGUGCCAAGUCCCGCAAGGAUUGCCUCCGUUCAGUUUGCUAUUACGUCCACGAAGACCACAUGCCAGACGCGCAAGGUAUCCACAACCCUGCCGAUCCCGACUGGAUCGUGUUGCCAGGUAAGCUUCUGGAGUAUGGAUCUGCGGGACAUGUUGCGCGCAUGGCGGGCACCUUCAGCGCUGAAGUCCAGAUCGCUCGGGCCAUUCAAACACCUUCGCAUCAGGCAGAUGCUAAACGUCGAAUCCUCGAGUGUGUGGAGAAGAAUGCCAUCGACCUGGAAUCAAUCGUUAUGACAUGCACUUGUAUUGAGAACGAGCGCCUACUCGAGACUGUGGUCGAGCACCCGCAGGAAACGACGCCUCUGGCCUCGCCGUCCGGGGUUUUCGAAACUACUGCUAUGCUCUCACCGCCAGAUCUAAGUGCUCACAGGCCGGUACCACCCGCGAUGAACGUGGUCUCGCCGCGUGCUGCAACCUUCCGACAGGGUUUCAGUACGCCGUGUACAACUCCCAUUGUGUCAGAAUUUAGAUGGGACAGUCAGUCAAGCUUCGGAUCGCCGUCGAGCGCGCGGGUUGGUCAUCUACCUGGGCUUGGCCUGGACGACUGCUCGCCGCCCAAGUGGUGAACGCUGCUGCUGUAUCAUCAGUGUACAUGUACGAUAUCGGAGUACUGGAGUGCAAGUGUGAAAGAAUCUGCAUUAUGCCGUGGAUGCAAAAGGGGAGGUACACAAUGCUGACUGGACAUCUUCGCCGUUGGAAUUGUCAUCACAAGAUUCUGAGCUGCUGUCAAAUCAUGUCAAUUGGUGCAGCAUCGUGGAUAGGCUCGCACCGAGAAAAGGUUUUAGUUUCGUUUCGUUUCAUGUGCCGUGUCAGCGUGAAGCGGAAACCCCAUCUAUUUCACAUUCAUCAUCCUUGAACCUUGAAGGUUCUUCCACUGGCCGUUUUUCGUUCCUUCUCCUCUGCUUCCGGACGAGCACGCCGCAACACCUGCAAGAAGUCUGCCGUCCUUCGGCGCAUACGGCUGUGAAUAUAAGCCUUGCUGGCCUUGAUGUGGUAGUGGAA